GUUUUGACUUUAGGUACGAGUCCGUAUCUGUGGAUUUGUCGAUUCCUGACAUUGGAUCGAUUGUUUGGCAACAAGCUAAAGUGAAGAAUCGCAGGGAAUCGGAAGUACCAGUUUGAGGGGCAUAAAUUUCCCCCACGCCUUCGGUCCCAUCCGUCGAACGAGUGCUAUAGAUAAAGCCUUCAACACGCGAGCAUGGCUUUACCAAAGAGAAUCAUUAAGGAGACCGAACGCCUUAUGGCGGAACCGGUCCCCGGUAUCAACGCGGUGCCUCAUGAAGAUAACUUGCGGUAUUUUGACGUGACGAUCCACGGGCCUGCUCAGUCACCAUAUGAAGGCGGCAUUUUCAGACUCGAGUUGUUCUUGCCGGAAGACUACCCUAUGACUCCUCCCAAGAUUCGGUUUCUUACUAGGAUCUAUCACCCUAACAUUGACCGACUGGGAAGAAUCUGCUUGGAUGUUUUGAAGAAUAACUGGUCCCCGGCCCUUCAGAUUCGCACAAUUUUGCUGUCGAUUCAGGCUCUUUUGGGUGCGCCCAACCCCGACGACCCACUGGCGAAUGAUGUCGCCCAGCGUUGGAAAGAGGAUGAGCCAGCGGCGAUACAGACGGCGAAAGAGUGGACUAGAACCCAUGCUAUGACUUAGAUUUGAAAUACAAUACGAACUGAUACGACAAAUAAACACACAUUAUGACAUGAUCAUGAAACGGGGAUCUUGGCUAUUCAAAACCCUUCUGCUGGUUGGGUAGCCGAAAUCAUCUGCAACCACAUCCUGGUAUACCGUCGACAGAUCCAGAGCCUCGAGAACAGGUGCUGGCUUUUCUCCCAACAUAAAACACGAGAAUUCCCUUUCACUGAUACGGGUCAAUUCGCCUGGUCAAUCACCUUCUAAAAUCCCAUCCGCCCUUUGGGCGUUUUCUGGGCGUUGAGAUAAUCAUUUGGAUCCUAUCUAGACUAGACAACGCUGCCUCGUUUAUCUUGAG